CCUGUUUGGUUGCAUAAAGUUUCAAUCUUUGUUGAGAAUUUUUGUGGGGAUUUAAUGGUUUUUGAAGGGAAAAUUUGGUUGCUUUAAGGUGAUGGUGAUCCAUUUGUUUCUUCUUUGAUUGUAAAAUUUUUCAUAAAGUUCCAAUCUUUGGUUUCACAGACUUGUUGGGUUGAGGAGAAAAUCUUGAGAAAUUAAAAGAAAUUGUUGAAUUUGUUAGUUUUAAGUGUUUCAUGGGUAAAUUGUGGUGAAGUUUGAGGAAAAUUUGGUUGCUUUGAGGUUUCUUCUUUAGAUUAUUUCAUGUACUUGCACUGCUUGUCCGGAGGGAUGUAUAGAUAUGAGGUUUUUAUACUGUAAAGUAGAUCAAACAUUGCUGGUGUUUCGUGUUUUCUGAAUAUUUAGUCCUAUGGUUUCUGAGAUAUGGAGUUGCAUAAGAGGUUAGAUUAUGGAUUCAUUGGCUAUCAGGUGCCUUAUAUUCCCCGAGCUACGAGAUCAGCUAGGGGAAGGGGAAAUAUUAGGAAGAAAUCUGAUAGCAAUGAAAUGUGUGCUUUUGACUUGUUGACUACUGUAGCUGGGAAGUUACUCCUGGAAGGAGAAAGCACUUCAAAUUCUAGUGGGAAAGAUCAGUCUGCAGUUGUGAAAGAUACUACUGAGACGGUUAAGGAGGAUGCAGAUACACCAUUAAAAGAAAAUCAUUGUAAUGAACGUUGCCAGGAGCGGGGGUUCUUCAUUUCUCAGAUUGUUUCAGAAGCUCCUGUGGUAAAUCAUUGCUUAAGCAAAUCGACAGAUGCGUUAUCUGGACCAGCGUCUGUAAUUACAAGUUCCGAUUGCUCGGAGAAGUUGGGUUCUGCAGAACAAUUCAUAAAUGGUGAACGCAAAACUGAAAACAGAAACUGUUCUACUAAGGUAGAACAUGAGUUAUCUGGUUGUGGAGAUUUUUCUAGCUGUACAUUAGGCGCUGAAAGUAAAAAACAAUUGAAAAUCAACCUGUCAAAUGAUGCAACGAUUACAACGAAUAAGAGGGUUGCAAUUUGCAGUUCAGAGUUUCAUGAUCCUUGGGAUAGGAAGCGUUCAAUGCUUGUUGCUUCGGACAAUACUGUAAAGUUAUCUCUUUCUACGGACCUUGAUCCUUUUGGGUCCUUUCCGGUGAUCCGGAAUGAUGUACAGUUAGCUAACAAAGAUGAUGACGAAAAAUCUUGUAGGUGCACUCAACCUAGCACCAGAAAUAAGGCCUUCAUGCCAGCACCGCGUGUAGGAGAUUGGAGGAUGAGGAAGUUACAGGCAUCCAAAUACUGGGAAGUAAAUCCGCAAUCUGAUGAUGAGGGACAUGUCAAUGUUGAUAAUGAAACAAGGCAUGUCUACCAGAAAAGGGAAAAUGUCUACACGAGCGAAAGGUCUCAGAGAGAUUUUCCUUUCAAGAAAAGAAAGCUCUAUUAUUGUAACUCGUUCUCCAAUUCUGAUGGAGGGAGUAGUGAUGGAAUAUGUAGUUCUCCAACAAAAGACUUAAAUAGAGAUGCAUCCGGUUAUAGUCUAGCAUCUUCAGGAGCCCGUGCAGCAGCUGGGACGUCAAUCGCCAAAGGAGCUAGUGCAUCCUUCAGGUCUAAUGACUCCCAUGUGAAGCUCAAGAUCAAGUCUUUCAGAGUUCCUGAGCUUUUUGUUGAGAUUCCGGAAAAUGCAACUGUUGGUUCUUUAAAGAGGACCGUAAUGGAAGCAGUGACGGCAAUACUUGGUGGUGGGCUGCGGAUUGGUGUAGUUUUUCAGGGUAAGAAGGUUAGAGAUGACAGCAAGACCUUAUUUCAGGCUGGAAUUUCACAUGAUGACAAACUUGAUGCUCUUGGUUUUACCCUGGAGCCUAGCCCCUCUCGAACUUCCCCACCUCUAGGUCCAGAAGGUCGUUCUCGUGUACUUCCUUGUGAGACACCUCAACCACUAACAAGCAGGUGCUCACCUGGUUCUACUAUUAUUCAUAAUGGCAUGCAACAGGAGACGUAUAAUGCCUUCCCGGAUUAUUCAGGAACAAAUUUGAGCAACUUCAUUGAAAGCGAUCACGAUUCAGCUCCAUCCCCUCCUGAUGCCUCUCUGGAGAAAAAUGCUGCAGAUUCAAGAGCAUUGGUUCCAGUUGCUGCAAUGGAUGCAGAAGCCUUGGCUGUAGUUCCAAUGUUAAAGCCCAAGCGAUGUGAAACUGUGCAGCGUCGAAUCCGUAGACCUUUUUCUGUUUUCGAAGUGGAAGCACUUGUUCAAGCUGUUGAGAAGCUUGGAACUGGAAGGUGGCGUGAUGUCAAAAUGCGAGCUUUUGAUAAUGCCAAACACAGAACUUAUGUCGAUUUAAAGGACAAAUGGAAAACACUGGUGCACACAGCGCGAAUAUCUCCUCAACAAAGGAGAGGUGAGCCUGUGCCUCAGGAACUCCUCGACCGAGUCCUCAUUGCUCAUGCUUACUGGUCCCAACAACAAGCUAGACAACAGAUGAAACAUCAAUCCGAGACGCGUCUUUUGCUUUAAUAAAGUGGCUGCAGUAAUUGGAGGAAGUAGAUGGGGGUUUUGGAGAUUCCUUUUUUGUUUUGUUAAUAAUAAAUAUUGUAAGUGUAAAGAUUAUAUAUAACACAAGGGAAGUAUAUUAGUUGAAUUACAUUUAGCUUCCUGCAGUGGAAUCUGUUUCCUGCAUGGAUAGGGGAAGUUGGGGGUUGGCACUUGUACAUGUUUGAAAAUAAAGUGCUUAACUAACACACUAAUUUUUGUAAUCUGCUUAAAUUCUUGGUUUUUUGACAAGUACUUUUUUUGGGGUGGGGGUUGUAGAAAGGGAAAAAAGAUUGGUGUAGCUGUUUAUUGAUUGUAGAAACUUGGUUCAAUGUCUUGUAGUGAUUCUCCAACUUCUUUAACAUAAGAAGUUUCAAUUCAAGAUUUACAUUUUUUUUUGUUUCAGACAGAUUGUUUAUCUUUU